CCAAAGACCAAUUCGUCCAGCGUCACCAAAUGUCUUAGAAGGCCACAAAGAGCGCCGGAAUGAGAGCCCCUGAGCUUCCAUCUUCGCCCUGCUCUCUGUCCUGUUCUUGUCAUGCAACAAACACCUUCAUCGCCGAGCUGACAUUCCACAUAGCGUUUCUGCGAGCCUUUCCAUCGCCACUGACCUCUCAGGUGCAUCUAUCACAUACGAUACCUUUCCCCGGCCGAAGCUCUGUCCGCCACCAUGGCAUCUGGUAUGCUUUUGGCUCCGCCCCCAGCUCCGCCGCACGAACUUUCGGUGACCGCUUCAUCGUUCCCAUUACACCGACCCGCGCCGAACCCAGCCCACGCCGCCCUAUUGACUCAACCCCAAUUAGCAGACGCUGCACAUGGCCAGAGCGCCAGUGACACGAUUCGCGUGACGCCAGGUGUCCCGACUGAAGAACCUACGGAUGGAAGGAUCGGUGAGGUGGUGCGACAAAAGGACCAAAAGUCUGCGACCAAGAAGCGAGGCACCUCGUUUCCAUCACGCGCAUCGGACUUCCUUUCUGGGAUACUCAAGAGGCGGCAGGAAAAGGACAAAAAGAAAGGAAGUGCUGGUGAUGAUAACUCGGACUCCGACGAGGGAGACAAGGAACCAGGUACCCCAUCGGAGAGGCUCCCAGCGCAGUGGCCAUGGGCAUGGCGACCACUCCCAUCGUUCAAGGAGAGGUUUGCCAAUGCCAUGCAAAAAGACAAAAUCGGGUUGAUGUUGGAUGCGGAUCUGGUUAUGCGUGACUUUGGGCCCGAUGGAUUCACCCCAACAGACUUGGACGAUAUACGGCAGGGUAUUGAUCGAUAUGCCGAGUUUUCUCGCAGUCCGGUAGAGUGGUGGAGGCGAAUGCUGGAGCGAUAG